AUGACCAUGUCUACCCCGUUCAAGUUCAAGUUUGCCGCCGCUAAAGCGCCUGAUUUUAUCGCCGGUUUUGUAGUCCUUCUUGGGGUGGCAUCCCUCUCUCAUGCUGCCCCGGCACAGUCAAACAUCACCAGUGACGCCUAUUUCUAUGGACAGUCUCCUCCCGUUUACCCCUCUCCUGAGGGCUCUGGCACUGGAUCGUGGGCUUCUGCCUACGAUAAGGCGAAAAAGCUUGUCGCCCAACUCACUCCCGAAGAGAAAGUCAACUUGACGGCCGGUGUGAGCCCAAACAAUGGUUGUUCCGGAGCCAUUGCGCCGAUUCCUCGCUUGAACUUUCCUGGCUUCUGCGUCUCCGAUGCGGGAAAUGGCCUGCGCGGCACAGACUACGUAAACGCGUGGUCUAGCGGUAUACAUGACGGUGCAAG